AUGUCUACAGCACUGGGCAAACGUAAGAGGGUAGCGCAUAAGAAUGAGUCAGUUCAUAGGGUGGCGAGCGUUGAAUCAGACUCGGACCAAUUGGACGCGCAAGAAAUAUUUCGGCGGCACUUCGAAGCCCAAUUCAAGCCUCUCCCAGUGGUGCAGAAGGAAAUCGAGAUGUUUGAGGUGCCUGAAGAAGAAUCGGAAGAAGAAUCUGACUGGGAUGGCAUAUCGGAUGGCGAGGAAAAUGGAGUACAGGUGGUGGAACACACAGACGCGUUAUCUCGCAUGGCAGCAAUGUCGAAGGAAGAGCUCAAGUCAUUUAUGAGCUCCAAGAUACCGAAAAGUGCUCCGACCGUAUCUAUACGAGACAAUGCUGGAACCAAGAUAGACGACGAAGAUGCCUCCGAAGCAGCCAACCUCAAGAAAGACCUUGCCCUCCAACGACUCCUUGCCGAAUCACAUCUCCUAGAAUCUUCCAAGAACCCUACUCUCAGCGGAAAUAAUCGUCAUAAGGCAACGGAUCUCCGACUUCAGGCAUUAGGAUCGAAGGAGUCAAUAUUGAGACAAGCAAAAAUGCCAAUGUCACAUAGAAAGGGGAUCAUCUCGAAACAGUCUGAAAAGGAAGCAAAAAGGAGAUCGGAAGCUAGAGAGAAUGGCAUAAUUCUGGAAAAGGCCAAGAUGGGAAAGAAAAGCAGCGCCGGAAAGAGAGACAGAGGCAUUGGUGCGCCUGGAGUAGGGAGAUUCUCAGGAGGGACUCUGACCUUGAGUAAAAAGGAUAUAUAUGACAUCGAAGGGCCUAAACGAACUCCUAGUACAAGAGGAAGGGGUGGUGGUAGGGGAGGUGGACGAGGAAGGGGAAAACGAGGUUGA